UUACACCGUUUCUGAUAUCUUUAAUAACAGAACGACUGUGCGCUGAAUUCAUUUUUUUAAUCACAUUUCGUGUUUUGUACGAUAGUUAUAAUCGUACUGGUUUAUAGUGUCAGGGGGUUACAUGGUCAGCGGCUUGCUGGUUGUCGGUGUUUAACACCGACCAGGCAUAACAUUAUGACCACCUUCCUAAUAUUGUGUUGGUCCCCCUUUUGCUGUCAACACAGCCCUGUCAUAUACAUGUGUAUUCUGACACCUUUCUAUCAGAACCAGCAUUAACUUCUUCAGCAAUUUGAGCAACAGUAGCUCGUCUGUUGCAUUGGACUGCAUGGGUCAGUGAGCCUUGACCGCCCAUGACCCCGUCCCCGGUUCACCACUGUUCCUUCCUUUGACCACUUUUGAUAGAUACUGUCCACUGCAGACCGGGAACACCCCACAAGAGCUGCAGUAUUGGAGAUGCUCUGAUCCAGUCGUCUAGCCAUAACAGAGUUUAUCGAACUCGCUCAAAUCCUUACGCUUGUCCAAUUUUCCUGCUUCUAACACAUCAAUUUUGAGGACAAAAUGUUCACUUGCUGCCUAAUAUAUCCCACCCACUAACAGGUGCCAUGAUGAGGAGAUCAUCAGUGCUCAUAAUGUUAUGCCUGAUCGGUGUAUGUUCAUUUGGAAGCCACUUGGAAGUUGGCGCUAUCUAUUGGGAUGGUCGCCAAAGGAAAAACUGACUUGCAUUAUACUUAUAAAAAUACUGGUACAUCGUGCUCUGGUGUUUCUGCGCAUUCAUACUCUUAUCUACAGUUUUGUCAAAUUCCUGGACGCGACUCUGAGGUCAUGGGGAAUCACCCGCUGGCUGCCGUCAUGGUGCCCAACAUCUCAGAGCAAACUGGAAGAGGCAGAGGAGAGGAUGCUGCAGCCCAUCCAAAGCAAGUUCUCCAAGCAGUUUGUCCACAUCUCCAAUGACAAGAAGCUGUGGACGCUGGUGUUCAGUGGCAGUGUGGAGAGUAAGACUCCUCUGGUGCUGCUGCAUGGUUUUGGCGGUGGAGUCGGUCUCUGGGCUAUGAACCUGGACGCUCUGUCCCAGCAGAGGCCUGUGUAUGCUUUUGACCUGCUUGGCUUUGGUCAGAGUAGUAGGCCUCAUUUCAGCACCGAUGCCCAGGAGGCAGAAACACAGUUUGUGGAGUCCAUCGAGGAGUGGAGGGAAAAACUAGGCCUGGAGAGUGUAAUCCUGCUGGGCCACAACUUGGGUGGAUACCUGGCAGCAGCCUACUCUCUUAAAUACCCUUCCAGAGUAAAACAUCUGAUCCUGGUGGAGCCGUGGGGUUUUCCGGGAUGUCCAGAGGCUGAUGAACAGGACAGAUCCUUUCCUGUGUGGAUUAAAGCCCUCGAGGUCGUCCUCAGCCCCUUCAACCCACUGGCUGGCCUUCGGCUUGCAGGACCGCUUGGUCCAGGUCUAGUCCAGAUUGUGCGACCUGACUUUAAAAAGAAAUAUUCUGCCAUGUUUAAUGACAACACGGUCACAGAGUACAUCUACCACCUUAAUGUUCAAAACCCAAGUGGUGAAACAGCUUUCAAAAACAUGACCAUUUCAUACGGCUGGGCCAAGCGACCCAUGCUGCAGCGCGUUGGCCUGAUUCACAGUGACAUUCCCAUUACCGUGAUCUAUGGGUCACGCUCCAGCAUAGAUGGCCACUCCGGCAAUUCAAUCAAAGAAAUGAGGCCAAAUUCCCACGUGGAGCUAAUCGCUAUAAGAGGAGCAGGACACUAUGUAUUUGCUGACCAACCAGAAGACUUCAACCACAGGGUACUCAGUGUGUGUGAAACAGUGAGCUGUGAUGAGGAAUGACUGCUUUUUUUUUUCUUCCUUAUUUCAUAUUGAACUCAUUAUAUUCCCUAUUAAUACAGGUUAAAAGAACUGGCCAGAGUGCCUCUGUAAAUCUGUAUGUAUUUGCAUGCCGCAGUGCAGCAUGUAUCACUACAGCGUGUCCUUCACCAGAGCCACGUUUUGCACACUGCAGGUUUGCUGAUCACUGGAAUUUUUUAUAACUAUUGUCAUAACUGUGUUCAUUCAGGGAUUAGUGCUCUGAUCUGAUGUUGACUGUGUUUUCAGUUCAUUUCUUGGGCAUACCUGCUCACCUGUAUGGCCACUGAUAAAUAGGUUUAACUGUAUAUAGAAACAGGUAACUAUAAGCACGAUAACUAUUCUCUGGGUUAUUGACUGUUGCUUGCAGAAAAUGUAAAGUUUCAGUAUUAUGUGACGAUAUGAAAAGUAUAAAUAGCAUUUGGAAUCAUGCUGUUAAAAUUCACUUAUUAAUGCACAUUAAUGGAGGUUGUGGGAACAAUACAAUCGAAUUCCUUUCACUGAUUAUUGAACUGAUAGAUUUAGCAAACUAUUUUAACAGCGACCACUGUCCCCAAGUGUCCACUCCUGUCCGAACCUAGCAAAUGUAAGAUG